AUGAACAGACGCAAGUCCGUCCACGGGGGUGCGUUCGAGUGUGUUCUGCCUGGAAGCCAGAGUGCGCGUAUGGCCAGGUUUGCUACAGAGUAUUACUACAGCAUGCAGGCUUUGAUAUUUGCUAUAAAGGAGAUAAACGCGGAUCCCGCUCUCCUUCCCAACGUUACACUGGGUUUCCAGGUGUUUGACACCUGCCUGGCACUACGGAAAGCGAUACAAGCCACUCUUCAAAUGAUGUCAGGAAGAGGGGAAAUCACCCCAAAUUACCACUGCCGCAAAGAGUCCCCUCUAGCAGGGAUCAUUGGCGACUCUGAGAGUACGGGAUCGAUACUUAUGGCCCAGAUUUUGGGACUGAAUAGAUUUCCUCAGAUCAGUUACUUUGCCACAAACCCUAUGCUCAGUGACCGUGGCUUGUUUCCAUCCUUCCUACGCACCAUCCCUAGUGAUGAAUUUCAAAUGAAAGGUCUGGCCCAGCUGGUCCUCCAUUUUGGUUGGUCUUGGGUUGGUCUCCUGGCCAGUGAUAAUGACUAUGAUGCGGUGGAAUGUCAUCCGUGUUCUUGGGAUACUUGGCCUGAUCCAAAUCGAAUCAAAUGUGUGCCAAAAACGACAGAAUUCCUUUUCUAUGAAGGACCUUUGGGUUAUGGCUUAACAAGCACUGCCAUGAUUUCUUCUCCAGUACCACUUUUUAUUUUGGGAAUUUUCAUUUGUUACAAAAAGACGCCAAUAGUCCGAGCCAACAACUACUCCCUUAGCUGCCUUCUCCUGCUUUCCCUGUUCCUCUGUUUCCUUUGCUCUUUAGGGUUCAUUGGUUACCCACAACCUGAAAAGUGCCUUCUGCGCCAGGUGGCAUUUGGGAUGGUUUUUGCUCUCUGCAUCUCCUGUGUUCUGGCCAAAACCAUCACUGUUGUCAUUGCCUUUAAUGCAACCAAACCCGGAAACAGGUUAAGAAAGUGGACAGGAGUAAGGGUGUCCUACUGUGUUAUUGGGAUAUGUGUCCUUAUUCAGUUAUUUCUGUGUGUGAUAUGGCUCAUCUUGUCUCCUCCCUUCCCUGAAUAUGACACUGGUACCAAACCUGGAAUCAUAAUUGUAGUUUGCAAUGAAGGGUCACCCACAGCUUUCUGGUGCAUGCUGGGAUACCUUGGAUUCUUGGCCAUGAUCAGUUUCAUUGUUGCCUUCCUGGCCAGACGCCUCCCUGACAGUUUCAAUGAAGCCAAAUUGAUCACAUUCAGUAUGUUGGCUUUCCUCAGUGUGUGGGUGUCCUUUAUCCCAGCCUAUCUCAGUGCCCGGGGCAUGUAUACUGUGGCAAUGGAGGUCUUUGCCAUCCUGUCUUCCAGUUGGGCUGUGGUGGGCUGUAUCUUUGUGCCAAAAUGUUACAUUGUAUUGUUCAAACCCAAUGUGAACUCAAGAAAACAUAUCCUUGGAAAAAGAGGUCCAAUGUGA